GUACGCCACGUACACAUUAGUUGAAGACAGGUCAUGCUAUCUUUUAAAAGCUUAGCCAGGUUCAGAGGAGCAGGUACUUUAGCUGUGCUGCAGUUUUCUAAUUUAGAUUUUUAAACGACAUUGUUUUUGUCACACGGCCAAAGGGGUGGAGACCGCACGCACAGUGAAGUUUUCGCGGACCAAAGGAAGACUGCAAAAAAAUUCAUCAGCUAAGUUUACAAGUUACACUGAGGGAAAAAAAAUGAGUGAAACAGAUCAGCAGAACGAUGUACCGGCAUACCUCAAAGAUGAGCCUCCCACAGACUCCAAUAAAGACCACCCCCAACCCCAGCCAGGCAUGCUCUCCAGAGUGACUGGGGGGCUCUUCAGUGUCACCAAGGGGGCAGUGGGGGCUACGGUCGGUGGCGUGGCCUGGAUUGGAGGGAAGAGUCUGGAUCUGACCAAAACCGCCGUCACCUCAGUUGCUGCUGUUCCAGCCAUGGGUGUGGGGUUAGUGAAGGGGGGGGUAUCCGCGGUCGCUGGUGGCGUGACCGCCGUUGGCUCAGCGGUUGUCAGUAAGGUUCCCAUCGGAGGCGGCAAGAAGAAGGACAAAUCUGAUUGAAUCGUGUGAUUUGUAAUGGAAGGUACCGCGCUUGGUGGUUUGCGUUUUCCUGUUUUGACCCACACUGAGAUGAAAGCAGGUUUCACAACCUGGAUCGAGAGUGUCUUGGACCACACCCAUCCUCUUGGACUGGCCAAUGAGAUUGAGGAGUGCCCUUUGGGGGGGUGAUUCCUAUUUUUCAGGAAAGAGACUUCUU